AUGGCAGCCAAGAUAUUUGCCCUCCUUGCGCUCCUUGCUCUUUCGGUUAGUGCUGCCACCGCGGUGAUUGCUCCGCAGUGCUCAGUUGCUACUGCCGCUGCAACUAUUCCACAGUACCUCUCACCUGUUACCACCACCGGUUAUGAACACCCAAUUGUGCAGUCAUACAGGCUACAACAGGCACUUGCAGCAAGCAUCGUACCGUCAUUAGCCAUGUUCUUACCACAACAAUCAGCCAUAAUACAGCAGCAAUCCUUGGCUCAUCUGACAGUACAGAGCAUCGUAGCACAACGGCAACAGGUUCUAUCACCAUUCAGUCAACUAGCCGUGAGUAACCCUGCCUCCUAUUUGCAACAACAGCUUCUACUUCAAUUGAACCAACAAGCCGUGGCGAACCCCAUUGCCUACCUGCAGCAACAGCAAUUGCUUCCGUUCAACCAACUAGCUGUCGCGAACCCUGCCGCCUUGUUGCAGCAACAACAGCUGUUACAGUUCAACCCACUUGUUGUGGCAAACACUGCCUCCUUCACGCAACAACAACAACAACAACUGCUGGCAUUCAACCCACUGGCUUUAACGAAUCCUGCCGCCUUCUGGCAGCAACCCAACAUUGUUUCUACCCUCUUCUAG